AUGGUCUCCGCCGUUGUUUUCGGGUACCACAACGUCGGCGUGAGGUGUCUCUCCGUCCUCCUUGCACAAGACAUCGAGGUGAAGCUGGUGGUGACCCAUCCGGACGAUGAGGACGAGAAUAUCUGGUUCGACAGCGUAUCGAACCUGGCGAGUUUACAUGGAAUCCCCGUGAUUACGCCCGACGACCCGAAUACAGAAGAAAUGAUCACGCGGCUACGGUCGUUGAACCCCGAUUUUAUUUUCUCCUUCUACUACCGCAAGAUUCUUAGCGUGGCGGUCUUGGAGACGGCCCGGCAAGGCUGCUACAACAUGCACGGCUCUCUGCUGCCUCGCUAUCGUGGCCGCGCCCCCGUCAACUGGGCUCUCGUGCACGGCGAAGCCCAGACGGGCGCCACGCUCCACGAAAUGGUGCGAAAGCCCGAUGCAGGCGCCAUUGUGGGGCAGAUGGCCGUGCCCAUCCUGCCCAAUGAUACGGCGUCGGAUGUCUUCUCCAAGGUAUUGGUCGCGGCGGAGUUGGUGCUCUGCCAAACACUGCCCGAGAUCGUGAGUGGCACGGUGGUCGCCAGACAGAUGGACCUCAGCUGCGGGUCGUAUUUCGGCGGACGCAAGCCACAGGACGGGCUGAUCGAAUGGGGGACGAUGGGCGCUCGACAAAUUCACAAUCUUGUGCGAGCUGUGACGCAUCCGUAUCCGGGGGCGUUCAUGGAUACGGCCAAAGGACGGGUAGUCAUUUGGCGCACAUUGGUGGUAGAAGAUACUAGCCCUAAGUCCUCCGCUCAGCAGCCCAGUCUGCUCCAGAAAGGGGACCAGCUGCUGGCCACUGCUUGCGAUGGCGGGGUCCUGCGCGUCAUCCGUGCAGAGCUGGAGGGCCGAUUGUUGGACCAGGAGACUUUUACAGAGAUCUUCGGCGCUUCAUACCCACUUCCUUAA